AUGGUGGACAUUUCUCAGUUUGCAGAGUCAGCUCUACAAUUACGGCGGUCCCCCAAUCCAAUUCCUCACCAUGGUAUAAAUUCAGAUGGAUAUCCUUCACAUUUUGAUGUCGACUUCUUCGAGACAGAGGGAGAGGAAUACAUGAGUGCGGAGGAACGGUAUGAAGGCACAGGGACUUGUUACUCUUUAGAUGGCCUGACGUUCUUAGAUCUUUUUGACGUGGAUGAGUAUGCAGAAUGCAGAAAGGAUAAUCUAUUCUAUCCUUUUGCAUCAAAAGAGGAAUGGGAAAUCACUGAUUUUCUCCUUCGUUCUCCCCUUAGUAUGGCUGCAAUCAAUGAAUUUCUAGCACUCCCAAUGGUGAGUGCUCUUCACAAAUGCUGGCACUUUGAGAUCUUAUGGACUCGUAACUUUGCAUCUUCUCCUUCUCGCAAUUCUCAAGUCUCUUAUCCUUCUCAUCCACAAAUUGAAGCUGUCAUUCACUGGAAGUGUCAAAUUAUCCCAUCCCUCCAUCGCACCAAAACUCCAAUCCGACUUUUUUGGAGGGAUCCGGUUGAAUGCUUAGAAGCCCUCUUCAGCAACCCCCUAUUCCAUGACAAGCUUGAUUUUGUUCCUCAUCACAUGUACACAACCGCAGCACAGCUUACCCGCGUUUAUUCAGAGUGGCUAAUGGGCGAUUCUGCUUGGGAGUUCCAGAGUCAAGUGCCCAGAGGUGCUCCAAUUCUUGGCACAAUCAUUUCUUCCAACAAAAUGAAUAUCACCACUAUGACUGGUGCUAGGGUUGCUCAUCCACUCCUUCUUGGUCUCGCUAAUAUUUGCAUGCAAACUCGCAUGAAACUCUCAUCCAGGGCUUUCCUACUCACAGCACUCCUCCCUAUCCCGCAGUACUUACACCCUAAUCAACGGAUGCGAGGUGUUCUCGAAGACUGCCUCAUACAUCAAUGUCUUUCUAUCAUCUUAAAGCCAUUGAUGAUCACAGCCAAAAUCGGGAUAAUGAUGUCUGAUCCUGUCAGAAAUGUUCACCAUUGCUACACGCCCCUUGCAGCAUACAUUGUUGAUACCCCGGAGGCAUGCAUAUGCGGGAAAACCUCCCCAUUUACGAUGGCAUCAUAUCUGGAGUUUGGGGACAAUUUUUGUCACCCCAAAUGUACAUGCUAUAUCACUCUCGGUCAGCUCGCCAAGAUACACGUUGAUCCCAAUGACCUUGAAGGUUAUUUUGAUGCAUGUGCGGUAUAUCGUCUAAAUGGUGUCCACGCGCCCUUCUGGCAAGAUUGGCCGUUUGCCUGCCCCUCUGUUUUUCUAACUCCAGAGGCCCUGCAUCACUGGCAUAAGCAAUUUUUCGAUCAUGACCUUCAGUGGUGCAUUGCGGUUCUUGGAGCCCAGGAACUCAAUUUUCGAUUUUUGAUUGUUACAGGCAGAGUCCAUCGUGAUCUACAGUGUUACAUUGUCGGUCUCAUUUAUAUGUCACAAUCCCCUUCUCUGGAUGAUAAUUUAUUGGCAUCUAUCGACCAAUCUCUUUCGACCUUUCAUCAAAACAAAGAUGUUAUCAUGAUGUUGGGUGCAGAGACCGGUACAAAGAAGACAAUUGAUAAUUGGUAUAUACCUAAGCUAGAGCUAAUGCAGAGCAUCACUGCCAGCACAUGUAAAGUCGGAGCCCUCAUCCAAUGGUCUGCGGACGCCACUGAACAUGCACAUGUGUCCGAAAUCAAGGACCCUGUGCGACAAACCAAUAAUAAUGAUUAUGAUCCUCAGAUUUGCCAUCAUUUAGAUCAACAGGACAAGCUGCGGCAAUUUGUGAUUGCUAUGACAUUGAAGAGUGGUGUCCUUGAUCCAGACCCCGAAGAAUUACCUGUGGAUGAAGGAGAUGAUGAAGACAUUGCUGAGUUCAAUGAACCAUGUACUGAUCAACAAACUGCACUCCUGGAGGGACUUAAUUGCACACGUGUCACUACCAACUACUUCAUCAAAGCUAAGGAGGCGGCUACUGUACCUUGUGGACCUAGCCCUCAUCCUCCUCGAACAUUUACCGCUGAUAAUACUGCUAUCCAUCUAAAUUAUAGUCCAACUCGCACUGGAAUGAAGAUUGAUGAUGUCGCAGAUGAGUUCAACAUACUGGAUCUUCAUGAUGCUAUUUCAAACUUCUUGCAACUUGAUGCGAGGAACAGAGAUGUGAUUCAUGAGGUUGGAGUCUCAAGAAGAUCGUUAAUUGAUCGUCCUUCUACUCUGCCUUUUGAUCGUGUUCAAGUUUGGCACACAGUUCACUUGCAGGAAGUUUCCUUCCAUGAUCCACGUGUCAUCUUACCAGCACAAACCUUACAUGCCUCUCCACCAUGUCCUGGGUGGCCGAAAGGCCAAUGA